AUGGCAUCAACAUCAACCUCAGCCUCAACCACGGCGGUUUCUUUUGAAAAGAAGCUCCGCAAGUACAUGAAGAUUCUAAAUGACUUCUCACACAAAACGUCCUGGUAUCCCGACUUUGACAAACUCGAACUUUCCAUCGAAAGUGCUUCUGAAACACCAAUUCCAACAGUGUCAUUUCGCUUCAAAGUGAUCGAUGAAUUAUGCGGAGUGGCUGGAAUCCUGCAUGGCGGUUGCAUGGUUCUACUUGUCGAUGACUUGACGACAGUUCUUCUUGGGGCCGUUUCAAAACCUGGGCUGUUUUCUCGAUAUGGCGCGAGCAAGAACCUGAACACGACAUUCAUCAGACCGUUGGCUUUAGGGGACGAAGCUAGAAUAGUCUCCGAGGUGGAAUAUUUUGGCAAACGACGAGCUGUGCUGAGGGCAAAGCUCUACAGGGUGGAGGGAAAUGAGCUAUGCGCGAUUCUAGAGAAUGAUCGAGCGAAUACCGAUCCCCCAACUCUGUCUAAGCUAUGA